AUGACGCCAUCCAAAUGCGAUCCCCACAGCGGUUUCGACCCAGACACCCGCAUUUUCCACAGCCUCCGCCCACCCAUUUCCUUGCCCCCUCUCACAAUCCCCUUUUCUUUCCCCGACUAUGUAUCCAACCUCCAUGACCCCCAUACCCCCACCGCCUUCAUCAUCGACGCCACCACGCGCCGCCGCAUCUCUCUCUCUGACCUCCCUCGGUUGUUCCGAACCCUAGCCUCCAACCUAAGCCGCCGAUUCCACCUCUCCAAAGGCGACGUGGCCUUCAUCCUCUCCCCCAACUCCAUCCACAUCCCCCUCCUCCACCUCGCCCUGCUCUCUCUCGGCGUCGUCGUCUGCCCUUCCAAUCCCCUUAGCUCCGCCGUUGAGAUCUCCCGCCAGAUUCACAUCACCAAACCUGCAAUUGCGUUUGCCGCCUCGGAUUGCGCAUCCAAGUUCCCUCCCUUACGUCUGGGGACAGUCCUCCUCGACUCUCCCGACUUCGACUCCCUUCUUCUUCCCAGAUCUGGACCUGUCGAGAGUCCGGUUAGGGCUGGCGUGCUCCAGAGCGACACGGCUGCGAUCCUCUACUCGUCCGGGACGACCGGGAGGGUCAAGGGCGUUGAGCUCACUCACCGGAACCUCGUGGCCGCGGUAGCCAGCGUGCGCGCAGUCCGCUCCGUCCGUCCAUCCCCUGCGGUGACCCUUUGUGCGGUCCCGUUCUUCCACGUGUACGGGUUCGCGCUGUGUCUCCGGGAGGUGGCUCUCGGCGGGAGUGUGGUGGUGGUGGAUAGGGCGUACCUGGGGACGCUUGUGGGAGCCGUUGAGGAGUUCAAGGUGACGCAUCUGGCAGCGGCGCCGCCUACAGUGGUGGAGAUGGUGAAGACUGAGGCGGCGCUGGAGAGAUUUGAUCUAAAUUUGUUGGAGACGGUGCUGUGUGGCGGAGCCCCGUUGGCGAAUUCGGUAGUGGAGAAGUUCAAGGGGAGGUUUGGCCAUGUGUCACUGAUGCAGGUAUGUAUUGUUGACUAUUUUUUGUUUACUUAG